AUGGAUGACGACUUGCCCAAAACACUCUAUGUGGGAAACCUCUCCAGAGACGUCACGGAGAUUCUGAUUCUUCAGCUCUUCACUCAGAUCGGACCCUGCAAAAGCUGUAAAAUGAUUUCAGAGCACACAACAACAGACCCAUAUUGCUUUGUUGAGUUCUUUGAGCACAGAGAUGCUGCAGCAACUCUUGCAGCUAUGAAUGGCAGAAAGAUAUUGGGAAAGGAAGUCAAAGUAAAUUGGGCUACCACUCCAAGUAGUCAGAAGAAGGAUACAUCAAAUCACUAUCAUGUUUUUGUUGGUGAUUUGAAUCCUGAGAUCACCACAGAGGAUAUCAAGGCUGCUUUUGCUCCUUUCGGCAGUAUCUCGGAUGCUCGUGUUGUGAAGGACAUGACCACAGGCAAAUCAAAGGGGUAUGGAUUUGUAUCCUUCUACAACAAACUGGAUGCUGAGAAUGCUAUUCAACAUAUGGGCGGUCAGUGGCUUGGAGGACGUCCAAUUAGAACCAACUGGGCAACUCGUAAACCACCAGCUCCAAAAAGUGUCCAAGAAAGUAGCUCAAAGCAGCUUCGUUUUGAGGAUGUGGUGAAUCAGUCCAGUCCUCAGAACUGCACAGUUUACUGUGGAGGGAUCCAAUCCGGACUGACUGAUCAUUUAAUGCGACAGACAUUCUCAGAUUUUGGGCAGAUAAUGGAAAUCAGAGUGUUUCCAGACAAAGGAUACUCUUUUGUCAGGUUUAAUUCUCAUGACAGCGCUGCUCAUGCCAUUGUUUCUGUUAACGGGACAAUCAUUGAGGGUCAUGUUGUCAAGUGCUACUGGGGCAAGGAAACUCCGGAUAUGGCCAAGUCUGCGCAGCAGGUAAAGGAAAAAGUUGAUUACAGUCAACAGUGGGGCCAGUGGAACCAGGUCUAUGGAGGGGCUCAGCAGCAGCCACAGCCACAGCAGCAGCAGCAGCAGCAGCAACAGCAGCAGCAGCAGUAUGGCCAGUACAUGUCCAACGGAUGGCCGUCAUACAAUAUGUACAACCAGACAUGGAGCCAGCAGGGUUAUGGAGUCGACCAGUCACAGUCUUCUUGGAUGGGAAACUUUGGAUCCCAGCCUGCUCAGCCGGCACCUACGUCCAGCCCAGUCAUGUCAAACUUCAGCAUGGCUGGAUACCAGUCACAGUGA